ACCCCACGUGAUUCUCUUUGUUUUAUUGCCGCCCAUUUGUACUUAUAUGGAUCAAUCUGGAACUUUGUUUGGUUUAUAAAAUGCACUUAAAAUGGAAUUCGUACUUUGCAAAACAAGACUGAAGUGUCAAGAUCACUCCUUGCUUCGGCUCUCUGUGUCCUUGAAUUGCUAUAACUUUUUGGGAUCUUCAAAGAGCCACUGGCUUAAAAUCACAUCACAAACUUCUUGGUUGGAGGUGACUUUGGGAUGGCAGAGAGGAGAGCCAGCAACGGAGGAGAAGUUGUAAUCAAUGUUUUAGAUAAAGAAGCGUCAAAAGAUGAUCCAUCAUCAUCUCCUUCUUCCAAAGUAGAGUCUCCAUCAAUGUCAGAUAGAGAGACUGCAAAACUAGAGCCGCUAAGCAUUCCUCCUCCUGAAAUCUAUAAGUUACCUGGAAGUGCUCAUAAGCCGCCUAAAGUUCCAAGCCCUAGCACUGAAGGUCUAGUUCGAAGGAGAUCUCUUUCGAAGUCAGUUUACUCCAAGUCCAACUCAAGGUUUGGGCAGCAACAGUCUUAUCGAUUCGAUAAGACUAUAGUUGAGGAAAACAGUGGAACUCCCAAGGAACAUUAUGGUGCCACUUCAUUUUCAAGGACUUCUUUUAACAAGGCUUCCCCUAGUAACAAAUCGAAUAGGAGCAUCAGCUCAGCAGACAUGAGUAGAGUCGAUGAGGACGAAACAGAUGAAAAUGAAGAAAUCUACAAACAGGUUAAACUACACCAAGUGAAACGUAGUGGAAUCAGACCUCUAGCUCUGAUUGAGUUGCUAUUGUUUGUUGCCACUCUUUGCACUUUGGUUGUGAGUUUAACCUGUGAUACGGUGAAGAAGCAUCGCAUUAAGGGUCUGGAAGUUUGGAAAUGGUGCGUUCUUGUUAUGGUAACGCUUAGCGGCAUGUUCGUGACGAACUGGUUCAUGCAUUUAGCGGUUUUCAUCAUAGAAAGGAACUAUCUCCUACGUAAAAAAGUGUUGUACUUUGUCCAUAGUUUGAAGAAGAAUGUUCAAGUCUUCAUAUGGUUCAGCUUAAUUCUUGUUGCUUGGGUGCUUCUUUUCGACGAUGACGAUAAACACUCUCGUAAGACCAAGAGGUUUCUACAUUUUAUAACGUGGACCAUCGUCUCCCUCCUCAUCGGUUCAACCCUUUUCUUGGCGAAGACGUAUGCAUUGAAAGUCCUUGCAUCAAAGUUCAACGUCAGAAACUUCUUUGAAAGGAUUCAAGAGUCUAUCUUCCACCAGUACGUUCUCCAGACUCUCUCAGGACCUCCGCUUAUCGAAGAGGCAGAGAGAGUUGGGCGUGAGCCGAGCACGGGCCACCUUAGUUUCACUAGCACCAGUGGAACGGUGAAAGAGAAGAAGGUGUUGGAUAUGGGAAAGGUUCACAAAAUGAAACAAGAGAAGGUCUCUGCUUGGACAAUGCGAGUUUUGAUUGAAGCCGUUGGAGCUUCAACCAUAUCUAACACCUUAGAUGAGAGUAUCAAUCGGAAAAAGAGAGCUGAUAAGGAGAUAACUUGUGAGAUGGAGGCUGUGGCGGUUGCUUAUGAUAUCUUCAACAAUGUUGCUCAGCCUAAUUCUAGUUACAUAGAGGAAGAUGACUUGCUAAGGUUCAUGAUUAAGGAAGAGGUAGACCUUGUAACUCCAUUAAUAGAAGGUGCCGAGACUGGAAAAAUCACACGCAAUGCUUUUACAGAAUGGGUGAUUAAAGUUUACACAAGUAGGAAAGCAUUAGGACAUGCACUGAACGAUACAAAAACAGCGGUUAAGCAGGUGGAGAAUCUUAUAACUGGAGUCUUGUCAGUUGUCACAUUCAUCAUUUGGUUAAUACUUUUGGAUGUAUUAACGACCAAGUUUUUGGUGGUAUUCUCCGCAAAAUUCGUGGGUUUUGCUUUCUUGUUCGGAAGCACUUGCAAGAAUAUCUUUGAAUCUUUUGUGUUUGUCUUCCUUAUGCACCCUUACGACGUUGGUGAUCGUUGUGUUAUCGACGGUGUGAUGUUGUUGGUUGAACAAAUAGAUCUUUUAACUACGGUGUUCCUCAAGAUUGACAAUGAGAAAGUGUUUUAUCCAAAUGCGACUUUGAUUUCAAAGCCAAUAAGUAAUUUCUACAGAAGUCCGGAUAUGGGAGAUUCAAUACUAUUCUCCAUCGCAUUCUCAACGCCCACAGCGAAAAUAGCCACACUCAAGGACAAGAUAGCAGAGUACUUGGUGCAGAACCCACAAAAUUGGUAUCCAGAUCUCAUGUUGUUCGUGAAGGAGAUUGAGAAUGUGAACAAGCUGAAUUUGAAUCUGGUAGUCACACAUACCAUGAACUUCCAAGUUUUUGCAGAGAAAAAUCUUAGGAGAACCGAGCUGGUCAUCACGCUCAAACGAAUACUCGAGGACCUAGAGAUUGAUUACACCCUCCUUCCUCAAGAUGUUCGUCUCACCGGUCACAAAUGAUAACUUCCUUCUGUCCUUUUGCAUUUAUUACAACAUGUGUUGCUUCGAUUCAAUUGACUUAUACCGAUUCUCUAUCCCUUC